AUGCUAAAAAUCAUCAUCCCCACUAUUAUACUCCUGCCUACAGCCCUUCUUUCUCCUAAAGCCUCACUAUGGACAAAUACCACCACCUACAGCCUCUUGAUUGCCACCAUCAGCCUUCAAUGACUUAACCCAACAUACUUCCCGCAUAAAAACAUAACCCCCUGAACAGGUAUUGAUCAAAUCUCGGCCCCACUAUUAGUCUUGUCAUGCUGACUCCUCCCCCUAAUACUCCUAGCAAGCCAAAAUCACUUACAGCAAGAACCCCUAGUACGAAAACGAACAUUCAUCGUAACCCUCACUACAAUCCAACCAUUCAUUAUUCUAGCCUUCUCAGCCACAGAAUUAACCCUAUUUUACAUUUCAUUCGAAGCCACCCUAAUCCCCACACUAAUCCUUAUUACCCGUUGAGGUAAUCAACCCGAGCGACUUAGUGCCGGAAUCUAUUUACUGUUUUACACUCUCAUUAGCUCACUACCCCUCUUAGUUACUAUCCUCCACCUACAUACGCAAAUCGGCACCCUACACAUACCAACCCUAGAAUUGACCCACCCUCUACUAACCCACUCCUGAACCGGAACCCUAUCUGGAUUAGCCCUCCUAAUAGCAUUCAUGGUAAAAGCACCCCUCUACGGCCUCCACCUAUGGCUGCCCAAAGCCCAUGUAGAAGCUCCUAUCGCAGGAUCUAUACUACUAGCUGCCCUACUAUUAAAACUCGGGGGUUACGGCAUUAUACGAGUUACCCUACUCAUAGGCCCCCUUACAGAUCGCCUAUCCUACCCAUUCCUAGCCCUGGCCCUAUGAGGUGCACUAAUAACCAGCUCAAUCUGCUUGCGCCAAACUGACCUAAAAUCACUAAUCGCAUACUCAUCCGUAAGCCACAUGGGCCUAGUUAUUGCUGCCAGCAUAAUCCAAACUGACUGAUCAUUCUCAGGUGCCAUAAUCCUCAUGAUCUCCCACGGAUUAACCUCCUCCAUACUAUUUUGCCUAGCUAAUACAAACUAUGAGCGAACACACAGCCGAAUCCUCCUAUUAACUCGAGGCUUACAACCCCUGCUACCACUUAUAAGUGUUUGAUGACUACUAGCCAACUUGACAAACAUAGCGUUACCCCCAACAACCAACCUAAUAGCGGAACUUACAAUCAUAAUCGCCCUAUUCAACUGAUCUACGCCUACUAUUAUCCUAACCGGACUGGCAACCCUACUAACCGCCUCAUAUACUCUCUUUAUACUCUCAAUAACGCAACGAGGAACAUUACCUACCCACCUCACAUCCAUCCAUAACUCAAACACACGAGAACACCUCCUAAUAACCCUCCACAUUUUCCCAAUACUUCUCCUCAUACUAAAACCAGAGCUAAUCUCGGGAGUUAUCUAA